CCGGGACAUUUAGAGCACCCUGCCGGUGUGUUCUCUGGAGUGUAUCAUCUUGUUUCUCUCCUCCCUCCUAUCCCCAUUCCGCCCCCUCCACCAUCAAACAAGAACCCCUCCGUACCUUUCAAACCUCCCAGCUCCUUCCAGUCGUAACCUGGACCAUAACACUGCAACCAUGCGUUCACUCGCCUACCUCCUCUCCAUUCUCCCCGUUUCUCCCGUCGCCCUCUCCUCGGUUGUUUCAUUCCCCUAUUACCCCUACUCAAGACGAGUAUUCUACGACAUCAGCAACCCGAUCACAGACCGAUCCAUGAUGACGGACACAGCCCAGUUCAACUUUGCCCCAUUCAGCCUCACAAACCUCCGCAUCCUCUGCACCCGCUUCAACCCGACGGUUGACUACUCCUGCAAUCUGACAUUCGCCUGGUCGGACCCCAACUCGGUGCGACAGAACAGUGUGACGUCGGGGAGCUGCCAGACGUCGUGGGCGUGGGACGGCGUGACCAAGCACGACGCCGACCCGGACGGCAGCGACCCCGUCGCCAGCUACCGGUCAUGCUGGAUCGACGACGACGCAACCUACUUCAAGGUCGCCGUGCCGGGCUUCUGGCACCCGGGCAACUUCACCCUCGAGCUGGCCCACCGCUACCGGGAUGACGAGUACGUGCUCCCCGUCUCCCGUCCCCAUCUCCCGGCCUCCCUCCGGAAUCUGGAUGUUGUUAUUAUUGUUGGGGCUCACUGACGGGGCCCGCGGGUUCACAGGAACUUUACCAAGCCUUGGGAUUACCCCACGACGUUCGGGGAUGCCCAUGUUCAUCUCUCUAAGGAAGAAACGCUCACGGACAGGAUAGGUCAUUUUC